CUCGGCUAGCACCAGUACUACUCUUCGCUGUCGUCGACGUCGUGCCUAGCGAGUACGGGUACGGCCGCGAGUGUACCCGCUAGAUAUGGUAUAUCCCAGCGGGUAUUACAGACGCGCCUCGAUGAGCCGAACGGGGACCAUCAUGCGAGAUUGUGUUCCCGAUAUCUUAUGUAUAGACUCGGAGCUGUAGACCGCUUAUCGUAAGCACCGUGAGGAUGUGUAUCAUAAGAAGGACCGAGUCUCAGUCCGUGUGAGUACAAUUUCCCUCUCCUUCGCUCACGACCACUUCACCAUGGCCGAAGCAAAGGAACCGUACGCGUCUGACGCGAAGGUCAUAGACGCGGACUCGGAGGCGUAUGUCCCCGAGCUCGCUGUCGGGCCCGGUCUGCAGCGGCGAAUGAAGAACAGGCAUAUUGCCAUGAUUAGCAUUGGUGGUGUCAUUGGCACGGGCCUGUUCUUGGGCACCGCGACGGGCUUGUCUGAGGGUGGGCCUGUCGGUCUGUUACUCGGAUACAUGACCAUCGGGUCGCUGUGUUACUGUACGAUGAUCUCGCUCGGCGAAAUGGCGGCCUUCCUGCCAGUGCCUGGAGGUCAUAUUACUUACGCUGAGCGGUUUGUGGACCCAGCGUGGUCGUUCGCGCUAGGAUGGCUGUACUGGUACAACUGGACAAUUGUACUGCCAGCGGAAAUGAGCGCCGCAGCUGUACUCAUUGGCUACUGGAAUACGGCCGUAAAUCCUGCAGCAUGGAUUACUAUGUGUCUUGUGAUCGUCAUAUUUCUGAACAUGUUCGGAGCCGGCUUCUAUGGCGAGGCCGAAUUCAUCUUCGCGUCCAUCAAAGUCGUAACCAUCACAGGUCUCAUCAUCCUCGGGAUUGUCCUCGACCUGGGGGGUGGUCCUAACCAUGACCGCAUCGGUUUCCGGUACUGGAAGCACCCCGGCCCGUUCAACCAGUACCAUGGCAUUCAGGGUGCGAAGGGACGCUUCCUGGCGUGGUGGGCGGUUAUGACCCAGGCCGCUUUCAGUUACAUUGGAACUGAAGUCGUCGCGAUUGCGGGCGCGGAGGCCAAAAACCCUCGGAGAAACAUCCCAAAGGCGAUCCGGAACGUCUAUAUCCGAAUUCUGUUGUUCUACAUGGGUGGUGUCAUCGUGAUCGGACUGCUGGUGCCAUAUACAGACGACCGACUGAACUUGCCGAAUACGACGGCUGCGGCGUCUCCAUUUGUGAUCGCGAUCCAGACAGCUGGGAUCAGAGGGCUACCCUCGCUCAUCAACGCAUGUCUUCUGACGUCUGCGUGGUCUGCGGGCAACAGCGAUUUGUACUGCAGCUCGCGUGCGCUAUAUAGCCUUGCAAUCAACGGGAACGCCCCGCAGAUCUUCUCGAAGACGAACAAACGUGGUCUUCCAUGGGUCGCACUCACAGUCAAUGCGCUCCUGGGAUGCCUAGCGUACAUGGACGUUGGCAGUGGCAGCGCGAAGGUGUUCGGAUGGUUGGCAAAUAUGACUGCUAUCGCUGGCUUGUCGAGUUGGUUUGCCAUUGCCGUGACCUACCUACGCUUCCGCAAGGGCCUCAAAGCGCAGGGGAUCGAUAGGAGCACACUGCCUUACAGUCACUGGCUACAGCCAUUCGCGGCAUGGUAUGCCGCCAUCUUAUGCUUCAUCGUCUGCCUCUUCAGUGGCUGGUCGGUCUUCCUGAAGGAUAACUGGAGCACUGCGACGUUCGUCACGAAUUAUUUGCCGAUGAUGAUCUUCCCCGUGCUCUACAUCAUCAAGCGCUUCUGGUCGAGACACCACUUCGUCCGGCCAGAGGAUAUGGACUUCAAGACUGGGAUGGACGAGGUUCUCGCGUCGUCGUACGACGAGCCUCCACCCCGUAACUGGGUAGAGAGGAUCUGGAGUGUACUAAUGUAACGAAGUAUACUAUGUAUUGGCUGUUAUGACGUAGAGUCUGGCAGUAUAGAUAGAUUUAUGAUGCAGGAAACUAGCUGAACGCUCGAUUCCUCGUCUAUGGAAGUUGAAUAUGCGAGGCGGUUCAGGACGUUCAGGACG